AUCGACACCCUUGCCUCCAGCCGCCAUCGACCUGCGUCGCUAUGGGAAACGCUGCAGCCAAACCAAGUAAAAUCACAUCAAAGGACAAGGCCAUCCUGGACCUCAAGGUCCAGCGGGACAAGCUCAAGCAGUAUCAGAAAAAGAUCGAGCUGGUCCUGAACAAGGAGGUCGAGGUCGCCAAAUUCCAUCUGGCUCGUGGAGACCGGGGGCGGGCGCUGCUGGCUCUCAAGAAGAAAAAGUACCAGGAGCAGCUGCUCGAAAAGACAGACGAGCAGCUCCUGAAUCUCGAGCAGCUGGUCGGCACGAUCGAAUAUGCAUUGGUGGAGCAAGAUAUUCUCAAGGGGCUGCAGCAGGGCAAUGAUGUCCUGAAGGAGAUCCACAAGGAAAUGUCAGUCGACGCCGUGCAGAAGCUCAUGGACGACACGGCCGAUGCCAUUGAAUACCAGCGGGAAAUCGACGACAUUCUCAGCGGACAAAUCACCCAAGAAGACGAAGAGGAGAUCAUGGCCGAGCUGGACCAGAUGCUGGAGGAAGAGGCCGCUGCACAGGUUGGCAAGCUCCCCGACGUACCCAUCGAUCUCAACGCGCGGAUACCCGAUGCCCAGACAACCAAGCUUCCAGCAGAUCCCAUAUCGCAACUUGCGAAUCUGCCGUCUCCUCCAUCAGAACUGCCAGAGCCGAGUCAGGAGCAGCGUGUCCAGGCCAAAGCCAAAAUCCGCAAGAGUGCCGAAGAGGAAGACGAGGGCCAGCUGGUGGCUGCGUAGUCGCUGGUGGCUGCGUAGUCGCUGGCGACCUGCAUCGCUCCACGGCGAUCCUGUAUUGCUUCAUGGCACCGCGAGGAGCGGCGAUACACCUGCGCAACCGCCCCUGUACUCGUUCCCAAAUGAAAUCGCCCGUCUCUGCUCCCAGCCGAAUCGUCUUGGCUGACUGCGAAUUGCCUGUGGAUCGAGUCCGUCUCCGCUCCCGCCAGGCCUGCCCUUGCUGCUGGCGCCAUGCACAUCCCCCAUUGCCUUCCUGCGCUCGCUGCUCCUUGCCAAUUCCAUGCGCCUGUUCCCCCGUCCUCUGUUUCGGAACAGGCAGAGCCCUGUUGUCCGGCAGGCCAUUGGCAAGCACCCCGGCUGAUCCGGCCGCGACUGCGCUCCAAGGGUGUCUCUGUGCGACGCCCCGCCAGCCCCCCGGCCGAUUGGGCGCUCCUGCCAUUGUCUGUGUGGCUGCCCCACAGCGCCUGCCUUCCAGCCC